CGCGUAACCAAGCGGGAACAGCGCGCGCGGGUCGGAAGUCUCAUUCCGAGAGGCAAAAAAAACUAAUAAAACAAUAAACCAACAACAAAUAAACACUGUCAAAACUUUAAGAAUAUGGACCACUACACAAAAUACCGAACUGCGGUUUGAUAAAGCAGCGCGAGGACUGAUAAAUAAGCGCACUUAUGGCGGAUUGAGGAAGAGUUAGCCGCUGCUGCUAACACACGACACUAGCUCCCUGAUUCACGACUAACUUAUUUCAGCGGUACUUCAGCCAUAAACUGCGCCUUCUGGAGCCUCUCAGACUCAGAAGAGUGUGUGGUGUUAGUGGAGAGUGUGUUAGAGAGUCUCAGGAGGCGGUUUAUGUUGUGUUCGGCGCCCGCUGGGCUCGAGGCCUGCUCUGCUUGAUGAGGAGUCGGUUGUAAACAGAUCAGUGUGUUUAACGCGUCAAACAGGUGUAUCCUCAGGUGUAUCGAGCUGAACAGGUGAAGAUGUCGGCCCAGGCGCAGAUGAGAGCCAUGCUGGACCAGCUCAUGGGCACUGGCAGAGAUGGCGACACGAUGAGACAGCGGAUCAAGUUCACGGACGAGCGAGUGUGUAAGAGUCAUCUGCUGGAGUCGUGUCCACAUGACAUACUGUCAGGAACCCGCAUGGAUCUGGGGGAGUGUGUGAAGAUUCACGAUCUGGCUUUGAGAGCAGAUUAUGAGAUCGCGUCUAAACAGCAGGAGUAUUUCUUUGAGCUGGAUGCCACAGAGCACCUGCAGUCCUUCAUCGCAGACUGUGACCGAAGAACCGAACUGGCCAAGAAACGGUUGGUCGAAACACAGGAGGAGAUCAGCGCUGAAGUGGCUGCCAAGGCGGAGCGAGUGCACGAGCUGAACGAGGAGAUCGGGAAGCUGCUGGCGCGAGCGGAGCAGCUGGGCGGCGAGGGGAACGUGGACGAGGCGCAGCAGGUGCUGGAGAAGGUGGAGAAAACACGCACCCUGAAGAAAGAGGCAGAGGACAUCUACCGUAACUCCAUGCCGGCCUCCAGCUUCCAGCAGCAGAAGCUGCGUGUGUGUGAGGUUUGCUCCGCUUACCUCGGCCUCCACGAUAACGACCGCCGCCUCGCCGACCACUUUGGAGGGAAACUUCAUCUGGGUUUCAUCGAAAUCCGGGAAAAACUAGAAAAACUGCGGACGGCUGUGACGGAGAAACAGGAGCGCAUGCGCACGAGGAGAAGAGAGGAGCGCGACCGAGAGGAGGAGCGAGCCCGAGAGUGGGAGCUGGAGAGAGAGAGGGAGCGCGAGAGAGAGAGAGAACGGGAGAGAGAGAGAGAACGAGAGAGAGAACGGGAGCGAGAGAGAGAGAGGGAACGAGAGAGAGAACGCAGGAGGUCCAGAUCCAGAAGUGCUGAGCGAUAUCGGGAAGGAGGAAGCUCGUCCUCCCAUCGCUCUCGUCGACACCAUGAGGAGGGAGAGAGGGAACGAGACCGAGAGAGGAAGCACAGACACAAAGAUCGCCAUCGCUCUCGCUCCCACUCACACAGGAGCAAAAGAAAGAGGUCUUCACACACCAGAGAUCCGGAGCCGAAUCUGUCUCAGGAGAGAUGGCGGGAGAACGCAGCGGACGAGAGAUGGUGGGACAAUGGAGGAAGAGACAUGGAGAGAGAGAGAUCCCCCAUCUCUCCAGACAUGAGCCGAAUGAAAGAGCGGGAGAGAUCCGUGUCGCUGGAGAGAGAUCAGCGCUCCAGCUCCGAGGAGAGAGAGUCCGGAGAGAUCUAGAGGAAGAGAUCCAGAUACUUUACACACUGUAGCCUCCGAUCCCUGCACUGAUCAGACAACAACUGGACCAGCUUUCUGUCCGGUCACACACACAUCAGUAGAAGCUCAGCAGCUACAGAGAGAGAGAGAGAGAGAGUGUGUGUGUGUGUGUGUGUGUGUGUGUGUGAGAGAGAGAGAGACCAGCAUCUUUAUUUGAGAUCCAGAUGAAGCCUCAGACAGCAAGAGUUUCAUACUCUGAUCUAGUUGAGCCAAACUAGUCCGCAAACCAAAAGAACAUUUGACAGAAGUGCUGUAAAGGGAAAGAGUGCAUUUAGAAGUUAGUUUUUUUAUGUUGUGAAAUAAGGAGAGGUGGAUGAAGGAGAACCUGCGGAGAUAUAAAAAGUCGUUUUCAUCUUUUUAAACUGGCUACUCUGUUUAUUUUUUAUUAUUUUUGUUCCUUUUUUCAUAAUUAAAACUCCUUAAAAUGGCUAUUUUGAUGUGGAUAAUUAUUUUCUCAUGUUUUUUCAUUGGAUACAAGUAUAAACUAAGAUCUGGACUGAGCAGUUAUCCUGGAUUACAAUGUGAUUGAUUUUUUUUUUUUUUCUGCAAAAACCAAACCAGUUUUUUUUUUUCUUCUCACACACAUCUGCACAGGUUUGUAGCUCGGCUUACAUUACAUUAUUUCUCAUGGUACCAUGAUGUGUGUGAGUUUCUCUAGCCCCUGUUUCUCACAGUUUGAUUUUGCUGCGUUGAGGUUGUCAUUAUGCUAAUGCU